CCAAUUGCUGGUGGCGAACAGGGACCAGUCAAUGGGGAAAGUCGCAGUCGGUGAAGGAGGGAUAUUGGGGAAAGAUGAUGAAAGAGGACUGAAGUCACACAUGGUUGACCGCUACGGAUUGCACCAUCAACCAGGCCGCGCAUUGGCUCGGCUACAGUGUCUCCGAGUUCGGCCCGCGCUCUUCUCCACCAGCUACCCCGGACGGAGCAGAACCUCCACUGCCAUGACUGACUGACUGUCGAGUACCGCCCAGCUGGAUUACCUCUCUGCUCUCGUAACAAU